AGUUUCAAACCUAACCUCUGAUAUUUUGAUGUGUACAAGUUGUAGUCCGAUUAAAAUGAGUGAAAUACUGUGUGAUAACUUCGAACAGCAGCUGCCGGAGAUAAUCACAGCGAUAAAUAAGUCGCGAUUUGUUGCAAUCGACACAGAAUUCACUGCUUUGUAUCUGCAAAACAGCGAUCAACGCAGUUUGUUUGAUACUCCUGAAGACCGUUAUGCGAAGUUAUAUCGAACUGUUCAACACACAAUACCUAUCCAAAUCGGUUUAUCUGCAUUUUCUUUUGAUCCUGGUGUUAAUAUCUAUCAAUCUAAAACAUUCACGUUUUAUAUUUGGCCUAAACCAAUAAUGAGCAUCAAUUUACUGAUGCAGAUCCAAGCGACAAGUUUCCAGUUCCUAAGCCAACAUGAUUUUGACUAUAAUAAAUUAAUCUACUAUGGGAUACCCUUCCUGAAUAGAAAACAACAUUUCCAAGUACAAAAUGAUUUAAAAGAAGAAAAUUGGCCUAUUGAUUGUGUCAUUGAGAAGUAUUUAGAUGAUAUUGACAAGAAUAUUCACACCUGGUGGAUGUCAGAUAAUGAAAAUGAUGAUAAAUUGAUUAUUGAAUCAUUAAAACAUAAAUUAAAAUAUGAUAUUGAUGCAUGGUAUCAUCUACAGAAUCAUUUAAGACAUAAUUAUCAAGAUGUAAGCAAAAAUAAAAGAUUAUGGACUGAAAAAAGUGAAGAAAAUGAUUUAAUACUCACUAAAGUGACUGACAAAAAAUUUAAAGAGUUAAAUAUCAAGGAUAAUCUCAAAGAAAACACAAUAAGAUCUGCUCUUGGUUUUUCUCGUGUUUAUCAAGCUUUAGUCUCAUCAAAAAAACCUAUUGUAGGACACAAUCUUCUAAUGGAUUUGUUAUUACUGUUAAAUACUUUCGACGAGCUUCCAAUAUCAUACAAAAAAUUCAAAAGUAAACUACACAAUGAUUUUCCCCUGAUAUAUGACACGAAAUGCCUAAGUUUUAAAGUCCUUAGAAAAAUUCCAAAGAAACUAGAAUGGAAGAGGAAUACACUUGAGGAUUUAUACGAAUACUGGCUGGAUGGACGCGGGAAAACAAUGAGUUACAACACGCCGCUGGUAAAAACCGACAUGGUGCUACAAAAUAAUUCAUAUCACCACGCGGGAUGGGAUAGUUACUGCACGGGUUUUGUGUUUGUGCAUAUGGCGCAUUACAUAGCCGCACGUCAAUUGGGAAUAAAAAGUCACAAAUCAAGGAAUAUCACGAGUUCAGAGCAUUUGCACGCUGUGAAAAUGAUUGAGAAUCAAGUGAAUUUGAUUCAAGCAUCCCUGUCACACAUUCAAAUUGAUGGUCCGGAUCCGAAAUCAACGCGUCCACCAUGGUUAGUGGCUAUUUCCUUGGAAAAUCACCUGGAUACAUCUCAAGUUAGGUUAGCGUUGUCAACGUAUAGACACAUAGAUAUUGAACAAAUCACGACACAAAAGGCGAUUAUUGCUGUGUCUUCUGUGAAUGAUGCUGAUGAGAUUCUGGAGAGGUUUUCCAAGCGUAACGAUUUUGUCAUCAGAAAAUACAAUUCUCUACUGCAUAAUAAAUACGCUCAUCAAUUAUUCAAAUUAUCUAUUGGCAUGUGUGCCUUUACAGCUGUUGGGCUUUUUUAUUCCAUGUAUAAACGUAUUUAAAUAAAGAUUUGAAGGUGAUUGUUA